GACGUGGGCGUGUUGGCUUCGCUGCUCGCAGACCUCAAGUCAGCCACGAUGAAGACGCUUGCCCCAUUACACUCGGUCGAUCUCAUCGCUAUCACGUUCCCGUCCAUCCCCGCGCUGACACCGCUAGACCUAGACGAUGCGCUCUCGCAUGCUGGCCUGCGCAACUGGUUUGCAGAGCCCGACAGCAGGCUCUUCCAACCGAAGCACGUCGUCCAGUCCCGGGCGGCGAUCGCGGGCAACGGCUACGGGCUUUGCGCCUCAUACGCGGAUCUCUUCGAGUGUUGGUUCGAGGAAGACGCCCUCCCAUCCCGUCUCACCUUGUUUGUCUCGCUCACCGGUCACGCCCUGUACGCGUCGCUGGACGUCAUGGGCACGGCUUUCCCGCGGUGGGUCCGCGACGGUCCGCGGGUCAUGGACUUUCGUGCCGGUUUGGAUGCUCAGGAUGGGUUUGCCUCCGAGUCCGACUACUGGGCUCAUGUUCGGUCGCGCAUUGUUGAGCUGGUGCGGGGGGGUGACCAAGGGCAGCAGCCGCCUGGCCUGGUGCUGUUAGGGGGCCAGAACGGAACCCAUCACGUCUUCGUUGAAACUGUGCGGGACGCUUUGGCUGAGUUACACCCUGGAGAAGGGCUCGCGCCGUCCUUAAGCCUAAAAGACGCCACGGCGGUUGUUGACCCUACGUAUGCCGGGGCCCGAGGCAUGGCUGUGUACGCCAGACGGCGUCAGGAGGUACCUGGGCACUGCAAGGAGCGCUGGAGUUGCGAAGAAAAAAGGGACAAAGAGCGCAGCGGAGGGGAUCACGAGAAGAUGGAACUCCGCUGA